AUGGCCAAGGCGGAAAGAGGCACUAUCAAAUGGCUCUCAAACAGGAUGAAAAGCAAGGGUCUACAGAGGCUACGAUGGUACUGCCAGAUGUGCGAGAAACAAUGUCGAGAUGAAAACGGAUUCAAGUGUCAUAUGGCAUCCGAAAGCCACGUUCGUAGGAUGUCUGUCUUUAACCAACGACCGGGCAAGUAUAUAGACGAAUUCUCACGGGAAUUUGAAACUGACUUUAUGCGACUUAUGAGGACAAAAUAUUGCCGCGCGCGUGUCCUAGCUAACUCUGUAUAUUGCGAGAUGAUUGCCAACAAGGAACAUGUACACAUGAACGCCACUCAUUGGGUUACCCUCAACGGCUUCAUACGGCAUCUAGAGGAGACAGAACAGGUCAAAGCAGAAUGGGACCAUCCGCGGGGACCGUUCAUAGUUUACAUAGACAAGGAUCGAGACGCCAGAGAAAAGGCUGCUGCAGAACGAUUACAGAAGUAUGCCGCUCCAGAUGAGGUGGAGGACCGCAAAUUCAAAGAAUUAGAGAAACAAGCCAAGUUGGAACAAACCAAGUUGGAACAAACCAAGCUGGAACAAACCAAAUUGGAACAAACCAAAUUGGAACAAACCAAAUUGGAACAAACCAACUUGAAACCAGCCCGAUUAGAACCCGCCAGGUUAGAACCCGCCGGAUUAGAGCCCGCCGGAAUAGAACCAGCUAUAUUCGAGCAGCCGGAGUCAGAACAGUUAGGGGAUUCGCCCGCAUCAGCUGACGGAUUAGACGCAAGUCACACACACGAUACAGCAGUCCCUGUUUUCGCGCCGUUUGUUCCGUCGACGUGCGCCAGGUUAGAGGUGCGGGUGGUUUCUCCAAUCGAACCCAUAAUCUCGGAAGGACAAGCACCGGUAAAAUUGUCAUUCUCAGCGGCACCAGUUGUCCCUGGAACCCGAUUAAAAAAACCAUCACCAGAUAUUGCUUCCCUGUUCAAAACGAAGAAGCGUAAACAAAAGUAA